AUGUCUAUGGUCAGCCUUGGAGCCUGGUGGGUAGCUUGUCACUCUUUGAUGAUCCUUCCCGGAGGAGUUAUUGACGAUGAUUUACUAGGGCUAUACCUGCGGUUACAACCACUUCGGCUUCCCAUCUCAACUUCAGCCAUAUUUGAACAUCCACCAUUCCCAACAGCCAGCCCAACAAAUGUGGAUCGCGCCGCCGUUGUCACCCGAACAACCCUCCCCGCGUAUUCUGAGAAUGCACUUGACCAAUCUUUGAAUGAAUUCGGCACUCGGACUUCGUUAUCCAACAACUCAAUUCCCCCUCGGUCACCUUUUGCGCCUGCCACGGGUGGAUCGUCCUACAGUCAAGCCAGCACAUCAGCCUCGUCCGGUCCAAAUGCUCAACAGAUCAUUGAUCCUGAACUACCUGAUUUCAGCCUGGACAUCGAGUCUUUCGACCUCGAUUUACUGCUGGAUAGUCCUCAAGCUACCCUGUCGCAGCGUUCAGCAUCCUGUGACGGCGAGAGCCUCAGCUCUUCGGACAUAUCCGCUGGUCUUGAGCGAUCACCUUUGGACUUGAAAAAGUUGAUGAGCCCCAUCUAUUCCGGCACUCCGCAAGCACCCAACCAACAAGGCCCUCGCCUCAAUUCUGGGUCUCGCAAGCGUCGCUUUCCAUGCACUCGUCAUUCCUGCACGCGCGCUUUCACGUCGCGGAACGAUCUCGAGCGCCACCUUAAAACCAAGAAGCACCGCAACGACGCUACGCACUCGGGGGAUGCCGUCGGUCUUCUUAGGUGCAAGGUACCCUGGUGCAAGCGAGGCAAGGAGGGUUGGGCGAGGAAGGACCACUAUAUGAGACACAUGGAGAGAAUGCACCCGGACCUCAAGCUGGAAGAUGGUGAGGAUAGCAGCUCUGAGUAACUCCAUUCUUGCUAUACACAUUACUCUGGUCUCUGGUGCUCAUUGGAGGUGCUUCUCGUCGCCGUCAUGCCUGGAGGAUGGGAGCGACAGGAGUGAAUAGACUUUUCCGGGUAGUGGGUAACAAGAGGCUCGGAUGGUUUCUUCGCCAUUGGGCGAUAGGUGGUAUGCGGUCCCUAUCGUUACCGAAUAUCACUGUAUUUGCUACCUUACCAGCUUUUAUGCCUACUUUCAUGUCCUUCACAGUCCUCUUUUUACACUACUUACCACAAAGCGUCCUCCGUAUGUAAAGCACUUGUUUGCGCAGCCUCAAGCAGAGCGACGCGGGAUACCCUAGGC